UCUGAAUGUUCUUUUGUCAGGCUGUCUUGGCUGCUGAGUUGUGCAUUGGGCUUUCUUUCCGGCAUCUUUCCGGAAAGUCCUUGUCUGAGAGAUAGAAGAUGACUCAUGUAAGCCUGCACAAGUCUAUCCCGCGGCCCAGGGGAAACUGGGCCAGAAUAGCAUCCAUGUUUAUGUUGGCGGUCAGCUUGAUGAUCCUUUGGCUGCUGGAGAUAGCCGUGGACCACAUUGUAUGGGAAUGUGUCUUCCACCUGAGCUUCCUGAAGCUGGGCCUGAUCCUCAGGGGCUUCUGCAAGCUGUUUGAGGAAUGGAAACACCUCCACACCAGGUACCAAAGCAGCUUCUGGAAGGUGGUGAAGGCCUGCCUGGACUCCAGCCUCUUCCAGAUGGAGACUCUACUGCUUUUCUCCUACUGCUUCUACUUCAAGCCCUCCCAGGAGAUUCACUUGCCCAUCACACAGACCUUUGUCUUUCUACUCCUCUCUCACUCAUUGCAUAUCCUCUUGGGUUUCCAGGACCUUUCCUCUGCUGAGAUCUCUGAGGUCUGUGAAGGAAAGAAGUUCAACGUGGCCCAUGGGCUGGCCUGGUCCUAUUAUGUUGGGUACCUGAAGCUGAUCCUCCCAGGACUCCGGAACCGGAUCCAAAUUUACAAUAAGCUUCACAACAACAGCCUGAGGGGUCCAGGGACACAUCGGCUCUACAUCCUCUUCCCAUUGGAUUGUGGGGUUCCUGAUGACCUGAGUGUGGCUGACCCCAACAUUUGCUUCCUGCAUGAGUUGCCCCAGCAAAUUGCCAACCGGGCUGGUAUCAAACAACGUGUAUAUAGCAACAGUGUCUAUGAGAUUCUGGAGAAUGGACAGCCGGCAGGCAUCUGUGUGCUUGAGUACGCCACGCCGCUGCAGACACUGCUGGCCAUGUCCCAGGAUAGCCGUGCAGGCUUCAGUCGGGAGGAUCGGCUGGAACAGGCCAAACUCUUCUGCCGCACACUUGGAGACAUCCUAGAUGAUGCCCUUGAAUGUCGAGACAACUACCGCCUCAUUGUCUAUGAGGACUCUGCAGAGAGAAACCACUCCCUGUCCCAGGAGAUUCUGUGGCACUUGAGGCAGGAACGGGAGGAGGUUCCUAUGGGCAGCGUAAGGAGGUCAGUACCUCCCACCUUGUCCCAGGAGCCCCAGCUGCUCAUAAGUGGCAUGGACCAGCCCCGAUCACUGCACAGCAACUUCAGCUGAGGCCAGGUCACCUUCCUGCACUCCCACAAGCUCUUAUCUACAUCUGGGGUUGUCUUCAGUGACUACAGGACUGCUCCAAGAA